UCAGAAUUGGUUUAAAAAAUUUCGUUCUGGAGAUUUCUCACUGAAAGAUGAUCAACGUUCUGCUCGACCUUCUGAAGUUGAUGAUGACAAAAUGAAAGCGAUAAUUGAAUCGAAUCAUCACAUAACUGUGCGAGAGAUUGCAAAACAGUUAAAUGUAUCACACACAACAAUUGAAAAUCAUAUAAGACGUCUUGGACUUGUUAAGAAGAUCGAUAUCUGGGUUCCGCACGAAUUGAAAGAAAUUCACCUAACACAACGAAUCAAUGUUUGUGAUACGAAUUUCAAACGUAAUGCAAUCGACCCUUUUUUGAAACGAAUUAUCACUGGCGAUGAAAAAUGGAUCGUCUACAAUAACGUUAAUCGAAAAAGAUCAUGGUCCAAGCAUGAUGAACCAGCACAAACCAUAUCAAAAGCUGAGUUGCAUCAAAAAAAGAUCAUGCUGUCAAUCUGGUGGGAUUACAAAGGUGUUGUGUAUUUUGAGCUGCUUCCAAACAACCGAACGAUCAACUCAGAUGUUUACUGCCAACAACGUAUGAAAUUAGAGGAAGCAAUCAAAGAGAAAAGGCCAGAAUUGGCAAAUUGCAAAGGAAUCGUGUUCCACCACGACAAUGCGAGGCCUCACACAUCUUUAGCAACACGUACGAAACUAUUGGAGCUUGGUUGGGAAGUGAUGUCGCAUCCCCCAUACAGCUCCGACCUUGCACCAUCGGAGUAUCAUUUAUUCCGAAGUUUACAUAACUUCUUAAAUGGUAAAAAUUUCAGUAAUAAUGAUGACCUCAAAUCGCACUUAGUUGAGUUUUUGCUAUUAAGGACCAGAAAUUCUAUGAGCGCGGGAUAAUGAAGUUACCAGAAAGAUGACAAAAGGUCAUCGAACAGAAUGGAAGAUAGAUUAAAGUUCAUUUUUUGCAUAGAAAAUUUGAGUUUUUUUUCACACUAAAAACCCGAAAUUACUUUC